UGGAGUGCUGUGAUUGUUUGUGGCUGUGGACCCUCUGUCCCACAAGCCCCUCCCUGAUUUUUCCUUCCCGACGUUUUUCUCUCCUGAACUUUGUGUCUGACGCUGAUCGUCUCCGUGUGAAGCUCCGUGUUAAGGUGAAGGUAGAAAGUGUGUGUGAGCUGAUGUGAAUUGAGCAGCAUGGAUCAGUGUGAGGACAGAGAGCAGGGAGUCCCUCCCUCUAAAAGCACUCUGUGUGGGGAACAUGAGAGCCAGACCAAAGCUCAGAGGAACCAACAAGGAAGAAAACGCAAACAUGAACCUGAACCCAGCUGUGUGUCCUGUAAGAGUGACUGGGCUAAAGAUCUCCCCAUUUAUUUUAAAGUCCAGCCUGUGUCUGCUGCAGAGAGGAUCAAAGGGAGACCUGCUGGACCUGGACCUCCACCCAGCUCUGUGUCCUUACAGAGUGACGUGUCUAAAGAUUUCCCCAUCGUUAAUUUUAAAGUCCAGCCUGUGUCUGCUGCAGAGAGACUGACUGAAGUCCACAAGAAGAUGAUGAUGGAGGAAGAGGAGGACAGAGCAGAGUCUGUAGGAUCCAGCUGUCCGUCUGUGAGGAGUGACCGGUCCAAAGAUCUAAAUCCAGACUUCAGUGGUGAACCUGGACCAACGAGAGGUCAGAGGUCACAGUCUGCAGGGUCCAGCUGUCCGUCUGUGAGGAGUGACCGGUCCAAAGAUCUACCUCCACUCUUCAGUGAUGAACCUGGACCAACGAGAGAGAGGAAGAGGAGUGGUGUUUGUGAGGAGGAGCAGCUGUCCUGCUGUGCUUUGUGUCAGGACGUCCUGAAGGAUCCAGUCUCUACCAGCUGUGGACACUGGUUCUGCAGACAGUGCAUCUCCUCAUACUGGGACCAGUGUGCUUCAUCAGGAGACUCCGCCUGUCCCCAGUGUGGAGAAAGAUCCAGAACCAGAGCUGGACUGCAGACAGCCAGUCAGAGCAGCUGUGUACAAACAGAUGUUGGUCUGCAGGAGGUUUUAGAUGAACAUAAGAUCAGUCUGAGGAGGAGAUGUGAACGUGUGACUGAAGGAAGUGAUGAAACAGGAAGUAGAACCCUCAACAGUAUCUACACUGAGCUCUACAUCACAGAGGGACAGAGUGAAGAGGUUCAUACCCAACAUGAGGUGAGGCAGCUGGAGACAGCUUCCAAGAUGGACGCCCUCCAUGAUGCUCCAAUCAGGUGCCAGGACAUCUUUAAAGCCUUACCUGACCAACAGAGACCCAUCAGAGUGGUUCUGACCAACGGCGUGGCUGGUGUUGGAAAAACCUUCUCAGUGCAGAAGUUCACUCUGGACUGGGCAGAGGGCUUGGAGAACCAACAUGUCAGUGUGGUGGUUCUGCUUUCAUUCAGGGAGCUGAACCUGAUCAGAGAUGAGCAGUACAGUCUUCUGGAGCUGCUCCAUGUUUUCCAUCCAAUAUUACAGAAGGUCACAGCAGAGAAGCUGGCUGUCUCUCAGCUUUUGUUCAUCUUUGACGGCCUGGAUGAAAGCAGACUUUCAUUGGAUUUCACCAACAGGAAGCUGCUGUCUGAUGUCACACAGAAGUCAUCAGUCAGCCAGCUGCUGACAAACCUCAUCCAGGGGGAUCUGCUUCCCUCGGCUCUCGUCUGGAUAACUUCCCGACCUGCAGCAGCCAAUCAGAUCCCUCCUACAUGUGUUGACAGGCUAACAGAAGUACAAGGCUUCACUGACGCCCAGAAGGAGGAGUACUUCAGGAGGAGAUUCAGUGAUGAAGAGCUGUCCAGCAGAAUCAUCUCCCACAUGAAGACAUCCAGGAGCCUCCACAUCAUGUGUAGUAUCCCAGUCUUCUGCUGGAUCACUGCUACAGUUCUGGAGCACAUGUUGACUACAGAGCAGAGAGGAGAGCUGCCCAAGAGCCUGACUGACAUGUACUCACACUUCCUGCUGGUUCAGACAAAGAGGAAGAAGAACAAGUACCAUGAGGGAGGUGAGACGAGUCCACAGGAGCUGACGGAGGCUGACAGGGAAGUUCUUCUGAAGCUGGGGAGGCUGGCGUUUGAACAUCUGGAGAAAGGAAACAUCAUGUUCUACCAAGAAGACCUGGAGCAGUGUGGUCUGGAUGUGACAGAGGCCUCGGUGUACUCAGGAGUUUGUACAGAGAUCUUCAAAAGAGAGUGUGUGAUCUUCCACAAACCAGUCUACUGCUUUGUUCAUCUGAGCAUUCAGGAGUUUCUGGCUGCUGUCUACAGGUUCCACUGUUACACCAACAGGAAGACUGAGGUGCUGAAGAACUUCCUGGGAGAUUUUUGUAUAUACUCUGAUUCUGACUCUAAUUCUAAUUUGCUUCUACGUUGGUUUCCCCACAUUAAACCAUCUCUGCUUAAACACUCUGUGGAUGAGUUUCUGAAGAGAGUCAUGCAGAAAUCCCUCCAAAGUAAAAAUGGCCACCUGGACCUGUUUGUUCGCUUCCUUCAUGGCCUCUGUCUGGAGUCCAACCAGAGACUCUUAGUAGGUCUGCUGGGUCAGACAGAGAUCAGUCCAGGAACCAUCCAGAGAGUCAUCAACAACCUGAAGGAGAUGAACAGUGAUGAAAUCUCUCCUGACAGAAGCAUCAACAUCUUCCACUGUCUGAUGGAAAUGAAAGACCUCUCAGUAUAUCAGGAGAUCCAAGAGUUCCUGAAGUCAGAGAACAGAUCAGAGAAGAGACUCUCUGAGAUCCAUUGCUCAGCUCUGGCCUUCAUGCUGCAGAUGUCAGAGGAGGUUCUGGAUGAGUUGGACCUGCACAAGUACAACACAUCAAAGCAGGGAAGACAGAGACUGAUUCCAGCUGUGAGGAACUGCAGAAAGGCUCGACUGAGUAAUUGUGGACUCUCAGAGUCUCACUGUGAAGUUGUGGCCUCAGCUCUGAAGUCCAACCCCUCCCAUCUGACAGAGCUGGACAUGAGUUACAACAAGCUGCAGGAUUCAGCAGUGAAGCUUCUGUGUGCUGGACUGGAGAGUCCAAACUGUCGACUGGAGACUCUGAGAUUGAUGAGCUGUGGUUUGUCAGAGAUCAGCUGUGAUUAUCUGGCAGCAGCACUGAAGUCCAACCCCUCCCAUCUGAGAGAGCUGGUCCUGAGCUCCAACUACAACCUGCAGGAUUCAGGAGUGAAGCAUCUGUGUGGUUUCCUGGAGAGUCCAAGAUGCAAACUUGAAACUCUGAGAUUGUGUGAAUGCAGUUUGUCAGAAACCAUCUGUGGUGAUCUGGUUGCGGCUCUGAAGACCAACCCCUCCCACCUGACACAUCUGGACCUGGGUGAAAACAACCUGGGCGGUUUGCAUAUGAAGCAGCUCAGUCUUUUCCUAGAGAGUCCAGACUGUAGAUUGAACAUACUGAGAUUGACAAAUUGCAGUCUGUCAGAGAUCAGCGCUUUUGUCUCAGCACUGAGCUCCAACCCCUCCCAUCUGAGAGAGCUGCACCUGAGUGGAAACAACCUACAGGAUUCAGGAGUGAAGCCACUGUGGGAUUUUCUGAAGAGUCCAGAAUGUCGACUUCAAAUUCUGGGAUUGUGGAGCUGUGGUUUGUCAAAGAUCAGCUGUGAUUAUCUGGCAGCAGCGCUGAAGUCCAACCCCUCCCAUCUGAGAGCGCUGGACCUGUGGGGAAACAACCUGCUUGAUCCAGAUGUGGAGCAGCUGUCUGAUCUUCAGCAAAGUCCAGACUACAGACUGGAGACUCUGAGGACGGUGUGCUUGCUGAGAGAGGAGCAGCUGUGUCCUGAUGAUCCAGAGAGGUUGAAGCAGCAGCAGCUUGUGUGUAGAGAUGCUCUGACUGGGCCAUGUUACUGGGAGGUGGAGAGGAGAGCUUCAUCCAGCAGUGACUGACAGAGGAAUGAAGUGCAGAUGACUGUCAGUGCUGCAGAGAGAACUGCUCUGAGAACAUGUCCACUGUCAGACACCGUGUAGAGUCCAGCAUCAUCCCUGUGUGUCCCUCUGGAUCUGACAGAGGAUCAUCAGUGUAUCUGGACUGCUCUGCUGCUGCUCUGUCCUUCUACAGUCUCUGCACAGUCUCUGUCUGACAUUGUAAAUAUUUUACUUCGGUUUUUCAUGUAUUUUGUGACAAAGUGGUUAGGCAUGAACUCAUUUACCACUUGUCCCUUAACCAAAUUGAUGAUUUAUUUCCUUGUUAUUUUACAGUCAGCCAUAAUGCUUUAAUUUAGACAUUGCUGGUGUAACUUUGCUUAACACACACUAUCCUGGGUUUUGUUUGUGGUAGCAGUAGUUGUAUUGUAUGCAGUAUUUUACUUUUCAAAACAUUUAGCUGAGUAAAUGGGUUUGUCAGUUUCAUGCAUAAUCUUAUUCCUGUUCUUUGUUUAGAAUUGUAUUGUUUGGUCUAACCUAUUUGUUUCAAUGGUAGAGACUAACGAGGUCAGGUGUGGGCAAAGUCCUGUAUAAAGCAAGUGGGAUUUUUGCAUACCUGGUUGAAUAUUUUAUGGUAAAAUGGAGAUGCCAGCAAUGAAGUAUGCUUAAAAGAACUUCAAUCGUCUGCUAAUGCUAUUUACUUAUCACCUUCCUUGCUGCUUAAGUUAUGCUACGCCACAUAUUUACAGAACAUUAAAAUUAUGAUCAAACAUAACAGGAUAUGUGAUUUGACCAAUGUUGUGGCCACUGUCUUUAUUUCUGAAUCUUUUUCCAAAUAAAUAAAAAACAAACUAA